UUAGCUUUUUUUUUUUUUCAUCUGUAGAAAACAAAAUCAGUGGAAAAUUGAUUUAUUAGUCCAGAUGGUUUUGACUCAAUAUAGGACACAUUCAAUUUAAUUCAACCACUAUUUUGUUUUUCCCCUUUUGUUUUAUUUCAGCACAAUUUUCUCUAAUAUCUUUAGCUAUAAUUUCAUAUCAGAAUAACAACAACGUUGAUCUGCUCACUAUUUUAACACCUCCUGUUGCACUCAGGCAGAUCCUUUGGCAAAGAGAAGAGAGUGGGUAGAGCUUUUAUAGCGGAUCCAUCAUACAGAAAGUCAGCUGGAGAUGGAUAUCUUCCAUAUAAUGUGCCUGAUAAGCGUCUGUUUCUGCCUUCCUUUAACCAUGGCAGUGAGCUGUUGGGUGUUUUUUGUGGUACGAAGGGAGCAGGUCCCCAUCACCUACUACACAAACCUCUUAAUCUCCAAUCUAAUCCAGUUCAGCAUGAUGAUCAUCAUUUUGAUCGUCAAAGAAAACCCUGAACUAGCUCUCUAUCAUUAUAUAUCUCUUGGCAUUUUGUGCUGUGCUGCGUUUGCUAAUCUUGACUUCAAGAUGUGCAUUGCUACUGAAAGGUGUUUGGUCAUCACCCGUCCACAGUGGAACUGCAUCAGACAAACUAAAGGUUCUGUGCUGCUCUCUGUUCUGGUUUGGAUCCUGUCUAUUAUCUCUGGAUUUCUUGUUGCAUUCUUCGAUAUGAUUUCACUCACUGUGUUAAUUUUUUUUGCCCUCGUUCCUUUUUUCCUGUUUGCCUUCACUUUGGUUUGGACCCUCAAAACUCUGCCUGCUGCCACCUCAGUGCCCACUGAAGAAAAACAGAGAAUUGUAGAAAUCUUAGUUCUGUUGUUAGUUAAUCAUUGUCUGAUGUUCCUUCCCCUGAUCAUCUUUUAUAUUGUACCAAUUUCACUUUAUUUUCUCGUUUAUAUUCCUAUCUUUCUAAUCCUCGUAAAUUUAUUUCUGUUCAAUCCUUUCAUGGAUGUGAUUUUGGUUUUUCGCAUGUGGAAAGACCCCAUCGACAAUCAGUUGUUGUCUCUGUGCUGUUACACUAUGGACAACACUGCUGGAGAGGUAGCUGCAGAUAAAAAGCUACAGCUACAAUGCUGCAGUGACUGUAACAGCACAGUGCUGUACACAGCACUGCAGCAGAUGUAGCUGCACAUAAUCAGACAGGUGGUUGAUUGUAGCAUAGAGAGAGAGACAAAAGGGGACGAUUCUGUGACAGAUUUAGGUAAAUUAAGCAAACAUCAACCUUAAUAAAUGUAGUGAAGUGGACAUCUGAGAUUUAUCUUGAGAAAUUUAGAAGCACUAUUCUUAUUAAAAGCUUCAUCGGUUAUUAACCAGCUGAAUUCAGUUAAACUGGGGAAGCAAGAAGCAUGUUUUGUUUAUUGAUCAGAUGCUAUGAAUCACGAGAGAGAAAAAAACUCUGAAGACCUACUUAAUGAGCAUACUAUUCUGCUCCUCUGUAAUUUGUAUUUCUUCACACAUACUAAGAAAGAGCAUGGUACAUGAAAGCCUGGCUCACAGUCUCUGUUCUAGUUCAUCCCAAAGGUUCUAUCAGGUUGUCAGGACUGUGUGCAGGCCUGUCUAGUUCUUCCACACCAAUCUUUCUCUUCCAUGUCUUUAUGGACCUUGCUUUGUACAGUGGUGAGCAGUCAUGUUGGAACAUUGUUUAUAGUGUUUGCUGCUUCAGAUUAUUUUACGUUUUUAAUUUGCAAGUAAUAUAUUGAGUUCUAAUUAAAUGUUUCAUUAUUUUCUGUUUAAUUUGUUUUGUAAAUGCCAUUUGAAAAUUGCACUUUUGUCUUCUGAACUUAUGCGUGGAUAUUUCCAUUUCCUGUGAGCUAUACUGAAAAGUCUAUGCUUGACUGUGACAGGGUUAGUCUUAAAAAAAACACCUGGUUUGUGUUGACAACCUGUGUUGACAAAGUGUUUUGUGUGUUUUUGUAAAAAGUUUAAAAUUAAAAUUCCCAAUAAACACAUUUUAUCUUAAGAUUGGAGUAUUUUUGUCAAUUCAAGCUCAGUCAAAUUUAAAUGUGUCAGGGAACCUAAAACUGUGACUAUGAGCGUGCAGAGGAAGGUUUUUUUUGUUCAGUAAAACCGGAAUUCCAGAAAAGUAGGGACAUUCUUUAAUGUGAACAAAAUGAAAAUCUAUAUGUUUUUGAUAAAAGCUUGAAAGUGUAUGUGUGCAUUUUAAUCUGAAAAAACACUUGUGACUUCCAGUCAUGCGAAAAUAAAGGUUUUGUGCAGAAACUUCCACCCAACCAUUCUCUUCGCUUAUCCAAUUCAGGGUUUUUGAGGGGCUGGACCCUGUCCCAGCUGCCACAGGGUGAAAGUCUGUGUACACCCUGGAAAGGCCUACUGCACCUUCGGCUCUUUCCCUCAUCAG